UUAGUGACAUGUUGUCGGUUGUGUUGAUACUUGUCUCUGUUUACGGUCAGUUUGUGAAAGUUUUCUUCCACAAAUAUCCACAGUGGUUUCGCGCUGCAAGUACGCGCGACUUUUCAAAGUGGGCGAGUCUGCUUAAAGAGGACGUUCAGCCGGUUAGCAACAGUUAGCUUAGAGCUUUACGAAGUUCACCACAAGUAAAAUGUACACUUGCGUUAAGCUCUUUGUUAGCAGACGAGCUUUCUGUUCGGAUGUAUUCGGCACAGGUUUUUAAAGCAUGACGAGCACCUCUUUUUGAACGUGGCCGGGGUCAACACUAGCUAGCUGGUGUCCCUGCUCUGUAAUAUAAAUGGCAACGUGGCUAGCAAUGAAAGCUAAUACGCACCACCAUUACUCAAAUAAAGGAAUAAACGGCUCAGCGAAGGUCACUUCUGUCAUAUUUUGCCAGUAGCUCUGUCUACACCAGCAGGCUGUGCAUCAUGUCUAUUGACUUUGACAGUGCUGCUCUUCAAACCCAGCAUGAUGAAGAGGAAUACGACCAAGAGGACUACGCAAGAGAGCAAGAGCUGCACAAACUGCUCACAGACCUGCCUGAUGACAUGCUGGAGGACAGCAGAGACUCCUCCUCCCCCGAGUUGGAGUGCUCUACCUGUAGCAAUAAAAACACUGGCAACAGCCCACAGGCCAAGUGGACUCAGCAAUGGUCUGAUCAUCCAGGGCCCACCUCUCAUGCACAGAACUAUGAUCAAGGCUCUCACAAUGAGUACGCUUAUGAGGAUGGAGCUGUUCACAUGAAUGGACAUCAAAUUCAACCUCCGAGGGAACAUCUGCCUCACAUCUGGAACCAGGAUCAUCAGUUUGCACAAGGAGAUUAUACGUGCACAAGCAUGGGCACAGAAAAAUCUACAGAGACUUGUGAUUUUUCUGCUGAAUUUGAAUCUAAAUCAUACCCUCAAAACACCAACAACCAUGUGGAAUACAAUGGAGAAGGAGGAUACAUGGACCAGCAAAGCCAUUUUCAAACUUUAAAGUCAGGAGCAGAUGACAGAGCAGUAAAUCAGUACAAGGCCAGCUACAAUCCUCAUCAUCCUGCUCAUCAGCCAAAGAUGUUUAACGCACAGGCCGCUCAGCAAGAAAGGCAAUUUGACCACCUGCAAAGAGAAUUCCUUGACUCAACACAACAAAAUGCUGACAGGGAGCAGCUCGCCCAGCUGCAGAUUCUGAACAAAGCUCAACAGAGACAAAUUGAAGACUUGGAGCGAAAACUGGAGGAUUCUCGGCGUAAUUUGAGAUAUCUUGAACAUCAGUUUGCAAUUGUGAAAGAUGAAAAGGAUGGCCUAGCUGUAAGUCUAAAGGAAUCAAGUCGAUUGAUUGAAGAGGCCAAGGAGAGAGAAGUUCAAAUGCAAAACAAGCUGAGGACAAUGGAGGAGCAAGUACAGAUUCUCAAUGAGCGAGACCAAGAGAACAUGAAGAAACAGAGAGUGGCAGAUGCUGCAGUGGACAGCAUGAAGCAGCAGAUGUUGGAGCUCUGUCGCUCUGACACCCUGUCCAGAGCACGAGAGCAGCACGACAGAGACCUUGUCAUCAUCAAGGAGCAGCAUGAGGCUGCACUGUUGGCCUUACAGCAGAAGCUAGAUUCUACCUCCCAGGCUUUGAAUGAACAGAUUGAUGUUGGUCAGAGGUUACGAGAGCAUGUGAGACAGUUGGAGCGCCAAAGAGAAGAAGAGCAACUGGAGAGAGCCAGAGUUGUCAACGCCCUCACUCAGCGUCUGGAGGAGAGUCAGCAGCAGUGUGCCAAGCUGCUGCAGACAAAUUCAGUGCAAGAGAUGAGUCAAAUGCAGAUCAAACUACAACAGGCUCAGUCCGCGAAGGCACUGAGUGAAAACAUGAACAAGGUUUUACAGGAAGAUAUGGCUGAUCUGAAGGAGCAGAUAACACUGUAUGAAUCCGCUGUGAAACAUGGUGUUAUCACAUUAGAGCUUAGCAGUGACUGGGAGAACCAGCUGUCUGAAUCCUGUGUGGAUCUAGGAUUGAAGAAAACAAACAGGAAAAAUGGCACACUUCACAGCACUGCUCUGGCUCACCUGUCAGACGCCAAGCUGCCAAAGGAUGAGGCGUUAAGGCUGCUGCGUGUUGAGAUGCAGCGCUGCCUGGGUGGUUUAAAGGGGAAGCGACAGAAGAUCAGUCAGCUGCAGGAGGAGCUCCAGCGCUGUCAGUGUCGAGCAAACGAGCUACAGACUGAGUUAGACGAAGCCAAGCUCAGCAUUUCGGCCAGAGAAACCAGCCAGAUGACACAUUUGGACAUAACUGGAGACUCUCACAAAGAGUUGAUGAGAUUACAGAAGGACAAACAACACUUGCAGGAACAACUGGAGUUGCUAGAAAAGAGAAACCAGGAGCUGCAACAGAAGGAGGAAAAGCUGAAGUCUGCUAAUUCUGAGCUGUGCACCAAAAUGAGGGAGAUGAUCCAGGACAUGGACCAAGAAAAACAGGAAACUGCAGAGAGAUCUGAGAGGAUUAAUCAGCAGUAUAGGGAUGACGUGGUGAACCGGGUCAGAACAGAGCUCAUGUUGGAACACGAUGGUCAGGUUGAACAGCUGACUGCACAGCACCAGCAGCAGCUUCAACACUUACAAUCCCAGCUGUCUGAAGCCAAUGACAAGGUGUUGGCUGUUCAAGAAUGUUACAUAUCUGUCUGCAAGGAGAAGGACUUGCUUGAAGAAAGGAUUCGCAACACAGAGAAGGAGGAGGCUGAGAUCAGAGAGGAGAGUGGUACAGCUGUGGAAAAGCUUCGAACUGAACUUGAGGCUCAGCAUCAGGCCUCCAUAAAGCAGCUCAAAGCUCUCUGGUCCAAAGAGAAGGAGGCUGAGAUCCAGGAGCAAGUGAAAUGUCAUGUAGCCUCAAGCGAGGCUAUGUGGAAGGAAGAACUGCAAAAGAUGGAGAAGACAUGGGUCCAGAGGCUUGAGGAGGCCAGCAGAGAGAAACACAGAGAGACUGCGGAGGCGAUCUGUCAGGCAAAUGAGAUUGAGGCCAGCAGUCCUACAAUUACUGCUGAGGAGCUGGACUUCAGGCUCAGUGCCCAGAAAGAGCAGCUGCAACUGGAAGCUGACAAAGUCCGAUGGAAAGCUGUGGAGGAAGCCAGGAAACAAACCCAGAGAGAGUUACAAGAGAAGCACCUGGAGGACAUGGCCAAGCAGGUUGAAGGUGCAGUAACCAGGGCCUAUAAUCGCUGGAUUGAAGAUCUGAUUUCAUUACCUGAAUACCAAACCUCUCUCCAAACAGAGAAACAAAAAUGGGAAAAACUACAAGAAAAGCAAACACAACAGCGGGUGUCCCAGGCCCUGAGGGAGGCCGAGGAGCAUUGGCACAAGAAGCACAAGAACCAGCUGGAGGAGCACUGCUCUGGAGCUCAGAGGGUGGAGGAGCUUCAAGAGGAGCUGGCAGCUCUCCAGAGCCAGCUGGAGCAAAUGACCAGAGAGCAAGCUGCCUUGUUGAAAGCAGAGCUGGCCGGAGCCAGAGCAGCCUGGAACAGAGACAAGCAGCAGGAGAUCUCCAUCAUCCAGGUCCGCAGUGAGCAGGUGUACCAAACCAAGCUGCAAGAGCAGAGCAAAAAGCUGGAGCAGACUUUGCAGCAAACCAGAGAGGAUGCUGACCUUCAGAAGAAGGAAAUGCUGCUGCAGAUGGAGGCCAAGCUUCAUGAGACUGUGAGGGCUCGAGAGGAGGAGUGGAGACGCAAGCAUGAGGAGAAGGAUCUGAUCCAGAGACAGCAAAUGAGAGACGAGUUACUAGCAGAGCUUCAGACUGGACUGGCUGAGGUCCAGACUCAGCUUCUCAGAGAUCCCAAAACAGAUCAGCAGGGCACUGAAGACACCAGGAGGACCAGCGGGGCGACAUCAGAUGCUGCAACAACACAAAUCAUCCAGACUUCAUGCAGAGACAUGAUCAGCAGAGCAGUUUCCCAGGCUAAGAAGGAGUGGAAGAAAACAAGUGAAGAGAGGCUGAACUCUGUGUUAAAAGAAACUCAGGAACGGCACGAGAGAGAACUCAACAAAAUCCAAAGCUCUUUGCCCCAGAGGAAGGAUCAGCAGCGUUGUAGGAAAGAGUGUGCAGAGACUGUGAGUAAGCUGCAGAAGAAGAACCAGGAGCUCCAGAAACAUUUAGAGAAAGCCUGCCGUCAGCUCCAACACAGCAUUCGAGAGCACAAAACAGCCAUGCAGCAUCUCAAAGAUGAACAUGAAAGCAACUUAAAAAGGGUGAAGGAAGAACAUCUGCAGCAAUUAGACGAAGUGAAGAAAACCAAAGAAUCCUCAGGAAAUUCUGAUCAACAAAAUCUUCAGCAUGGCCUGGAGGAGAUGAAGCAGCAGUAUCUGAUGACUGUGGAAAAGAUCAGAGGAGACAUGCUGCGUUACCUUCAGGAGAGCCGGGAGCGUGCAGCAGAGAUGAUCCGCAUGGAGGUGCAGAGGGAGAGGCAGGAUACUGCCAGAAAGAUGCGCCGCUAUUAUCUGACCUGUCUGCAGGAGUUGCUGGAAGACGGAGGAAAGACUGCAGGUGCCGAAAAGAAAAUAAUGAAUGCUGCAAGCAAGCUGGCGGCCAUGGCUAAAGUGCUGGAGACACCUAUCAAAAGUAAAUCCGGGAAGAACUACAGCUUACCAAGUUGCUCAGCGGCUUUGUCCACCGCUGGCUGCCCUCCAGGGAAAAAUGCAGCUUUCAGUAAGACCCCGUCAAACCUAACCGAGCCGCUUGACGUCCGGCCAGAGGAGAGAUCCCUCAGAGAAAAUACUUUUGCUGAUUCAGAGCACAAACCAGCCGCUGCAGUGAGAACUAAACUUUUGAGCCACCGGGACAUGAGUGCAUCUGGAAAGGAGGAGGCCUCAGUGGAUGCAGGGAUGAAGCCUCAAACCGCUCACACAAACCUCCACUCUCACAAACCAGCUCCUCAGAUAGCUGCUUCUUCCCGUGUCGAUUUAGUCAAUGUGUCUGUUAGGAGUAAAAGGAGGGAGCUGUACCUACAGGGAGGAGAAUCCAGCAAACCAGAGAGCCGGCUGGAGUCGCAGCGACAAAGCAAACCUUUCCUCAUCCAGGAGGCUCCGGUCAGAGAUGAGAAACAGACAGACUGGAGCAUGACCAGUAGUGACUCGGACUUCCACGUCCCCAGGUUGUCCUACUCAGGAAGGAAAGUUGAACCAGUGAAGCCCUUUACUCUGUCUGCAGCAUCUGUGAGAGAGUUUGGUGGCCUCACCCCGGACGCUUCCGACAUGACUGUUUAUAAUGAGAUCACCAAGAAGACACCUCACACCGAGACGUUUGCCCAGGCUAAGAUGAGCACUCGCAGAGAGCCUACUCCUGGCUCUGAAUGUGAGAAGCAGCAGGGAGUUUGUUCCAGACCUCUGUUCUCUGAGUUGAGACAGUGCCGACAGGACAGCGGCUUUGACAGCCCGUUUUACCAACAGAAGUGACAAAGGAAGAGCAGGUAUGAAGGUGAAGUACAGAGACGAGCAUGGAGCAGUUAAAUUACCACAUAGUGCCUUGAAUAAAGUGUCUCAUGUUUACUCAAUAUAAACUCUGUCCCGUCAUAGUUGCUUGCAGUGUUCAGGAAUAGUUUAACAUACUUGGAAUUACAGUUAUUUACUUUCUUGUGGUGCGUUAAAUUAGAAGAUGGGGACGAUUGAUGCCACUCUCGUGUGCGCUUGUUGUCUGAAGCUACAGUCAGCACCUUGUUAGAUUAGGCCCCGUCCAGCUGUAACAAACUCUGCAUUCCAGCAUUAUUUAAACUCGCAAAUGAACACGUUGUGUCUUGUUCAAUUUGCACAGAGCCAACGUGCAAAAAUGACAAAUCACCUGCAGGAGAAAGCAGUUAUGAUGGACUUCACCAUCAACCCCCCCAAAAAAGAUUUAAGACGAGACCAAAGGAAGAUCACCAGCAGGAAAAUGAUAAGAACUGAGAUCUUUUUUUAACUAGUUUUGUCAGUUUUUCAAGCAUAUUAGACAUUUUUGUUUACAAAUCAGUCAGAAAUUACAGGGAAAUGCAUGUAUUUCCUGUUAAAUAAGAUUACACACAGUCAAAGCUCUAAAUGUGUGCUGAGGGAUCAUGUUACUAUUAGGUGUAGUUUCCCUCCCAGAAGCCUAUUAGGAGCAAAGAUAAGCUCCCCCUCUACAGCGUUUGUGCUAAACUAAGCUGCUGGCUGUAGCUUCAUAAUUACUAAACAGAUAUGAGAGGGGUGUUGAUGUUUUUAUUGAAUCCAUCAAAAGGAAGUGAAGAAGCUUAUUUCCCUAAAAUGUCCAACUAUGGCAGAGUUUAUUCCAGUGUAGAAGGAAAAUGCUCGUUGGAUUUCAUAGAUCUGAUUUGGUAAAAACAAGGGUGCAUUGGCUUUUAGAAAACCUGCCGCUGUAUGGAAAACUUUUGCACUGAGCAGGAACUUAAUAAUUACAGCGCUCCGUUAGGACUUUGUAUUCAACCCACCUUUGCCCUGACAAGUUUACUAGCCUGAAUUAAGUUGGUACUUGCUGUUCCUUCUGUAUUUUUAUCCGUGUUCAUUGGUGCUACAUCUGUGAUAAGUGCAGUUUGAGGAGGUGUUGAGUGGAUAUGACACCUCAUAAACCUUCCCCAUCAGCUCCCAAUAUAAAGGUUCAGAGUUCCUAUCACUGUGCCCCACUUUCCGCCUCUGACAUCGGGAGGAUUUCACAUUCCAGUGUGUUUGUGUUUUUAUAUUUUAAAAUAUUUUAUAUAAACGUAAUAAGAUAUGCUGUGCAUAGAUAUUAAAUGUUUUUUUAUAUAUUGCUUGAAGUUAGUUUAAUAAAUCUUUUUGCAAACCUUAAA